AUGCGUACUGCAUUCAGCGCACUAGCGGCGCUUCUCACCCUGGCCGGCACUGCCACGGCGGCCCCAGUCACAGCUCCAUCCGAAAUUGAGGAGCGUGAUGCCUCUGCUGUACUGAACACCCGCUUCAUCACUUACGAGGACAGUGUCCUGACAUCGGCAACAGUGCCUGAUCGGGGUGAUGAGUAA